UGUAGAAUGUAUGUCAUGUAGCCGUGUAGCAGAACCUCAUGAUUGUGAAAACGUGGUUACAUGUGCUCAACAUGAGCAAUGUUUCACAGAUUUCUACAUUACUCCACAAGGUCACGUGUUCUAUGAUCUUGGAUGUGCAUCAAAUAGGGUGUGUGAUGCUUUAAAUAAGUUCGGGAAGAGAGAAGUUAAACGGCAAGAUGAAAAUUUAUACAUCUGUCAGGAAUGUUGUAACUCAAACCGUUGUAACCGAUAUGGAUGUGGGGACCAGAAUAAGUUGAAUCGGACGAUUUGUUACAGUUGUAUUGACGUAGAACAUCCCAGUAAAUGUGACAUAGCUGCCGUCUGCGACAUAGAUAAGGAAUGCUAUACCAAACAUUUCAUCAAUGACAUGUUUUCCGAUCGAUACGAGAUGGGAUGCCAACACAAGGAGAUGUGUAAAAAGAUGAUGGGGAAAGAGUCAAUCAUAGCUGGUCAUCCAAAGGCCAAGAAACAAGUCAUAGGAGGGUUUGAUAACAUUGAUGUCUGUUAUUAUUGUUGUGAUAACAAUUUCUGCAACAAGAAAGACUGUGUUAAUGGACAUCCUAGUACGCAACAAACUAUGCAGACUAGUCCCAUAACAACUACUGUGACAACGACAACUACAAAGAGAACAAAUCCACCAACAACACCAGCGACGACAACAACAACUACUCAAAGAACUCAUCCACCGACGACAAUCACUUCUACUAAAGUAACACAUCCACCACCGACAACUAAAAAAGUAACACAUCCACCGCCGACAACUACAAAAGUGACACAUCCACCGCCGACAACUACAAAAGUGACACAUCCACCGCCGACAACUACAAGAGUGACACAUCCACCGCCGAAAACUACAAAAGUGACACAUCCACCACCGACAACUAAAAAAGUGACACAUCCACCACCGACAACUAAAAAAGUGACACAUCCACCACCAACAACGACAACUAUCAAAAGAACUCAUCCACCACCAACAACGACAACUACCAAAAGAACUCAUCCACCACCAACAACGACACCUACCAAAAGAACUCAUCCACCGACGACAACGACUACUACAAAAAGGACUACAACGCCAACACCAACUAAACCAGCAGCGCUUAAUUGUUAUUAUUGUGAAUACAGCAGCCAUGAGAAGGAAUGUAACCAUACUACAAAAUGUAAUCUAGGUGAAGAUCAAUGUUAUUUGAGUAGAGUAGAUGGCGGAGCUGAUAACGACAAUCUCUGUUUCUACAAGAUGGGUUGUAUGACAAAAACCGACUGUCACCAUUACCGUUCGGCCAUCCACAACAAUGGAAAAGCAGUGAUGGCAAUGGAUACGAUAGAAUAUUUUGAGUGUUGUAGACAUAGCAAUUGUAAUAAUCAUGUUGUACACAAGCAUCCGCAACGAUGCAAUCCAUUAACUACUAUCAGGCCAUAAACAAUCUCUAAACAAUGUAAAGAAUGCAAUAAAAACUAUCUGACAU